AUGGACGGCAGCCAUUUUUACCCCUCCAGCACCUGGUCAAGCGACUAUGGCCAGGGUACUGGUGGCUCAUCGCUCGCGGAGAACACCGCGUUUCAAGAUGCCUUCGUGUUCACGCCGGAGGAACUCGAACUCCUCGCACAGGAGAUCGCCGCCCAGGAGUCCAUCACAGAAAAGCACGGACCCCCCCACGCAGAGGCACCAAGCACGUCCAUACGUGCUCCUAUCGACGCGCUCCUCAACCCUUCUUAUCCUGAAACCAUCCUGCCAUCGCCCCUCACACCGUUCGCCUCUUCCUGGUCAUCUCCAGGCCUGGAGACUACAGAUCUGGCGCUCCCUGUACCACUCUCGCCGGUGCCAUCCAACUUCGGCUCGUCGUCUUCGGCAACUCCGUCAACGCGUGAGCCGAGUCCGGUGUUGCCGAUGCCGCUCUCAGCUCCUCCUGCGCCAUCUGCACCGCAGCUCGCCCGCCAAACCACCGCGGAGGAGCGUGCCGAGCUCGCUCAAAAGAGCUUGUCCUGGCCGGGUCGCAAUCCGGGCCAUGCGGUUCAAGAACCUCGCCGGGGAACGAAGACGACGCUCACCCCGGCUCAGAAGGCAUCGCGUGAGGCGGCCACUGUUCAUGGCCGCUUCGAGAAGGAGAAGCUUAUCGCAGCGGUUCAGGACAUCAUCCGCCAGCAGGAGCAAGAAAUCAAGGCCCAAGCGGGGGUUUUGAACGUCAAGGAGGAGCGUCUCAAAAAGCUUGUUCAAGGCCAGUCGGUCUUCAAGCGAACCCGGCAACCGAGCAUGCGGGACGCGAUCGUGUCUGCAUACGCUGAGAAGGUCAACGAAGGACGCGAGAAGAGGCUCCCGCUGAAAGACAUCGAAGCCCUCCUUGCCAAGGACGAGUCCAUGCACCCCGAAAACCUGAGCCUGGAGCAGAAGGAAGAGCUCAUGGCGCGUUUCGUGGCAAAGAAGGUGCACAAGAAGGGAGGCGUACGAGCGACGAACUCGUCGGCGGCCAAGGACCAUACCUGGUCAACAGGGAAGGUGCACCAGGAGAUCGAAAACAGCGGUCGUCGCAACGGGACCCUCGGGUUCCAUUUCCAGGUCCAGGGCAAUGUCAGCGACACGUUAGAGCCGACGUUCUACGGCAACGCGCACGCCCUCGACUUCUUCCCAAAAGUCCUGGGGAUUCAGCCUGCUCAAGUCGCGCGCAUGUUCGACUUGUACUCAACCACUAAUAGCAAAAAUCUUGACGAGCGAGAGGCGGACGGUUUCAACGAUGUUCGGGACGCAUGCGCGGACAAAAUCGCCCUUGGUCUCCGCCUGGUCACCGGGAUCCGGACGAUACGCAUGAUGUACAAGAGCUACUGGGACCUUGUGCUCAAGCAAAAGGUCGAGCUCAUCGGCUGGCCUGAGGGCAUCACCUUCGGGAAUCCCUCCGACGUCCUCCACAACCGCGAUGACGCCCACAGGCUGUGGAGGGCUCUCGAGUCUAACACAUGCCAAUGGGUUAAGUUGACUGAUGCGGAGCUUCGCGACCGCACAGCCAUGCUGAACCGGCGCGCCGCCAACGGCGAAGCUGUCUUCAAGACGCGCAAGCCCCGGAGUGACAAGGGUAAGAAGCGCAAGCAGGCGCCGGCAACCGCGGCUGCUGCAUCGAAAAAGCACAAGAGCGCUGAGUUUGUCGACGAGGAGGAGGAGGACGAGGAGGACGAGGAGUAG